AUGGAGCAGCAGGGUUUCACUUCUCUACAGUCUGCAGGAGAGGCUGGACCCUGCAUCAGUCAGUCCUCCAUGAGUCUGUCCAUCACUUCGACCACAGGCGGUCCAGUGGAGAUCACUGUCCCCCGAGGAGAGACUGUGGACAGCCUGAGGACACGGAUCUCCCAAAAACUCAGCCUGCAAACAGACAGAAUGGUGCUGGUGCACAAAGACAGGCUCCUGACUGCAGGGACACUGGUGCAUCAGGGAGUAAGAGACGGCAGCAGACUGACUCUGGUUCCAGCCACUGAAACAGGCUCGAUGUCCUUGAAUGGCAAGGAGAGGACGAUGAUGGACACACUGGCAAGUUUAACAGAGACCCAGAUUGAUGACUUCCUGUCGGGACACUCACCUCUGACCCUCAGCCUUGGAACCGGUGCCCACACGAUGUGUGUGCAGCUGCAGCUGUCACAGGAUGCGAAGAGGAUGCAUGAGGACGAGGAGCCUCAAACUGGCCAGCCAACAUCCGACUCUUCCUCCUCACGAUUCUUCACCCCGCAGUCUUCCUCUCCACCAUCCCUUUCCACACCCUCCCCCCAACGCAGCUCACACAGACCCAGAACUUCCUUCAGCUCGUCCAAAAGUGUCCCUCCUGUGAGCUGCCCCUCGCCUGUGCUUUGUUCACGCUCUGCUCACCCACCUCCUUUUCCACAUUUUAUCUAUCCAGCACCAGUCUGUUCAGACAGACCCACCAGCUCCAUCACAGACCCUCUGAGCCCAGCAGCUGCUUCCACCGCCACAGAGGCUGAUGUGAACGAACAUCUGUCCAAGCAGCCUGGAGCUGUCAUUGAAAGUUUUGUGAAACACUCUCCAGGCGUCUUCUCUGGGACUUUUUCUGGGACCCUGGCCCCUUGCAGGCAUAGCGACGUCAGCCGUCCUCGCAGAGGCACCGCCAUCAUUCUCCAAAUCCUGAACGACCUCCUCAGAGCGGCCUACCACCACCAGGAGGUUCUAACUCUUCCUCCUCUUCAUCACUGUGUGAGCUCAGACCCUCAGGUCAAAGCAGAGGAGCCCUGCAGAGCAAGAAACAGACCCCCACCAUCCCAGAGGACAGGACUCGGGGGAGCUGAGGGACAGCUGCUGCCUCCCCCCUCAGAGGAAAAUAAAUCACUGCAGAGCAAGUUAAAGCGUCUCCAGCUGUUGAUGCAUCAGCAGCGUCUUCGCAGGUGGACUCGGAGGCGUUCACGCCUUCAUAAAGGCAAUCCUCCGUACCUGCAGCGGCACAACUGCUCCUAA